GUCGCGCGCAUUUACCCUUGCGUGGCGCGCGUAUAAAAGGCGGGGUGGCUUCUCGGCAGCCGUUCACUUCAAGAAAAUGCGCUCGACCGUUCUCGUCUGCCUGUGUGUGGUGGUGGUCGCGGCCGCCGCCCCGCAGAACACCGGCGGCCGCAAGUACACCGACAAGUACGACCACGUCGACGUCGACGCGAUUUUGAGGAACGACAGGAUUCUCACCUCCUACGUCAAGUGCAUGCUCGACCAGGGCCCCUGCACUGCCGAGGGAAAGAAUCUCAAAAUUGAUUUGCCCGACGCUCUGGAGACAGACUGCUCCAAGUGCAGCGAGCGCCAAAUCGAAAUUGUUCGCAAAGCUUCAAGGCAUCUGAUGGAGAAGCGACCUGCCGACUGGAAGAAGCUGCAGGACAAAUACGACCCUCAGGGCACUUUCCAACCUCGCUUCGAGCGUUUCAUCAACGAAGGCGCCGUCAAGGCUUAAACUUGCAUUUCUUCUCAUAAUUUAAUUAUGGUUAAAAACGAUUAGUAUUUAUAAAUUAGAUAAUUAUAUCCGAUAAGCGAUAAAGUGGCCUGGUGAUCAACUGAUUAUAAUUUAAUAAAUAGCAUCUGAAUUGGCGUGGAAUUCAAGCCAGCCGCAUAUAUAUGAUGAUAAAAUCAAUGUGAAUUAGAUAGUAUUUCUUUAAUUGUAAGAUCCACUUAUUGUAUAGUAAGUGGAAAUAGUUAUGCCAAAAUUUAUAUUAUAAAACUUAAUUUUGAUACUAUCUAAAGAAGGAGAAUGGGUGGAAAAAGUUACUUGAAGUUAAAUGGUAGACAAGUAAUUAUAUAAAUUGGCGACAGAUAAAAUUAAGACUGAUGCAUUUCAAAUAAA